GCACACCCGCGCCCCGCCGUCACCUGCAACCCCGUUUCUCUUCUCUAGGAUUACACCGUUGAAUUUUCCUCCCACUCCCUCCCUACAAAUUCAUCUCUCUCUCUUUCUCUUUCGGCAUCUAGGACUCUCCUGCCAAGCGAACGAAAUUCGGGUUACUUUUCCACGGAACAUCGUCUCCUUGAGCUGACUUAUGCUGCCCCUUUAGCUUCGGGUUCGCCCAUCUGAUUCUUGAUUUUAGACUUUUCAAAUUAGGGAUUUUGACCGUUUCUUCCGAGUCAAAGAGCUAAAGAUGCUCGAGAAGGGAAAUCUCGGGUUUUAGGCAGAUGGGAAUCAUGGAUCGGAGGGUUUCUGCCUCUGCUGUUCUGAUAUUAUGCCUCUUCUUGCCCUUUCUUCUUCUGCUGGUCUCUGGCAACACCGAAGGUGAUGCUUUGAAUGCACUGAAAAGCAAUUUGGCUGAUCCCAACAAUGUUCUUCAGAGCUGGGAUCCAACCCUCGUCAAUCCCUGCACCUGGUUUCAUGUUACCUGCAGCACUGACAAUAGUGUGACAAGAGUUGAUCUGGGAAAUGCAAAUUUGACGGGUCAACUGGUUCCACAGCUGGGUCAGCUUCCUAAUUUGCAAUACUUGGAGCUUUAUAGCAAUAAUAUAAGUGGCAAAAUUCCUGUCGAGCUAGGCAACUUAACAAACUUGAUCAGCUUGGAUCUCUACAUGAACAGCUUGAGUGGUGUCAUCCCUGACACUUUGGGAAAGCUUCAAAAACUGCGUUUCUUGAGGCUCAACAACAACACACUGACUGGUCGUAUUCCAAUGUCUCUAACCACAGUUAAGACACUCCAAGUUCUGGAUCUCUCCAGCAACCAUCUACAAGGACCAACUCCAGUCAAUGGUUCCUUUUCACUUUUCACUCCCAUCAGUUUUGCAAAUAAUGCAGAAUUGCAAACUCCACCAGUUUCCCCUCCUCCACCAAUUUCUCCUACACCGCCUUCUUCUCGAGGAAACAAAGCCUCAACUGGAGCCAUGGCGGGAGCAGUGGCUGCAGGUGCUGCGCUUUUGUUUGCUAUUCCUGCCAUUUUUCUUGCGUGGCGGAGAAAAAGGAGACCACAAGACCAUUUCUUUGAUGUUCCUGCUGAGGAGGACCCUGAAGUUCAUCUUGGACAGCUGAAGAAGUUUUCUUUGCGUGAAUUACAAGUUGCUACAGACAAUUUCAGCAAUAAACAUAUACUUGGUAGAGGUGGUUUUGGUAAGGUUUACAAAGGGAGGUUAGCUGAUGGGUCCUUAGUUGCUGUUAAAAGACUAAAGGAGGAACGUACACAAGGUGGGGAGUUACAGUUCCAGACAGAGGUUGAAAUGAUUAGUAUGGCUGUACAUAGAAAUCUUCUCCGUUUGCGUGGCUUUUGCAUGACCCCAACUGAGCGCUUGCUUGUAUAUCCCUAUAUGGCCAAUGGAAGUGUAGCGUCUCGUUUAAGAGAGAGAACUGAAGCACAGCCGCCUCUUAGUUGGCCAAUCCGGAAGCACAUUGCUUUGGGAUCUGCUAGAGGGCUAUCGUAUUUGCAUGACCACUGUGAUCCUAAGAUAAUUCACCGCGACGUGAAAGCAGCUAAUAUCUUGUUGGAUGAGGAGUUUGAGGCGGUUGUCGGGGAUUUUGGGCUUGCCAAACUGAUGGACUACAAAGACACACAUGUUACCACUGCCGUGCGUGGGACCAUUGGACAUAUAGCCCCUGAAUAUUUAUCAACCGGAAAAUCUUCAGAGAAAACUGAUGUGUUUGGCUAUGGGGUUAUGCUGCUGGAGAUCAUAACUGGACAGAGAGCCUUCGAUCUCGCUCGCCUUGCUAAUGAUGAUGAUGUUAUGUUACUUGAUUGGGUGAAAGGGCUUCUGAAGGAGAAGAAGUAUGAGACAUUAGUGGAUGCAGAUCUUCAGGGCAAUUACAUUGAAGAAGAAGUGGAGCAGCUAAUCCAGGUAGCUCUUCUCUGCACUCUAAGUUCUCCGAUGGAACGGCCGAAGAUGUCAGAGGUUGUGAGAAUGCUGGAAGGCGACGGUCUGGCGGAGAGGUGGGAGGAGUGGCAGGAGGAGGAGAUUUUCCGGUCAAACGCCGCCAACCGCAUGCAUCAUCAUCAUCAUCCAAACUCCGAUUGGAUCAUCCCGGAUUCCACUUAUAACCUCCGGCCUGACGAGUUAUCCGGCCCAAGAUGAUGAUGAUCAUGAUAAAUGAAUAGGGACUGUAAUUCAUAUACUCUGCUCUGUUUGUUUUCAUAUUUUGUGCAUAUGU